ACCAACAGCACCAAAGACACAUCAAGAAUCUUGUUCCCGCUGAGCCAGUGUCGCACACACAAGUGAGCUAGCUAGUGAGAGAGAGAAAGAGAGGGACUAAGUUUGUGAUGGAGGUUACCCUCAACCACACGCAGGAGGUAAGCGGGUGGGCGGCCAUGGACGAGUCCGGCAAGAUGGUGCCCUUCAACUUCAGGCGUCGGGAGAACGGCGUGGACGACGUGACCAUCAAGGUGCUCUACUGCGGCAUGUGCCACACAGACCUCCACUUCGCCAAGAACCACUGGGGCAUCACCACGUACCCGGUGGUGCCCGGCCACGAGAUCACCGGCGUGGUCACCAAGGUGGGCGCCAACGUGUCGGGGUUCAGGCCCGGCGACCGCGUCGGCGUGGGGUGCCUGGCCUGCUCGUGCCUGGACUGCGAGCAAUGCGACAUCUCCCAAGAGAACUACUGCGACAAGAUGGGGCUCACCUACAACAGCGUCUACUGGGACGGCAGCAUCACCUACGGCGGCUACUCCAGCAUGUACGUCGCGCACAAGCGGUUCGUGGUGCGCGUCCCGGACAGCCUGCCGCUGGACGCGGCGGCGCCGCUGCUGUGCGCGGGGAUCACCGUGUACACCCCGAUGAAGAAGCACGGGAUGCUGCGGGCCGCCGGCAGGAGGCUCGGGGUGGUGGGGCUGGGCGGGCUGGGCCACAUCGCCGUCAAGUUCGGCAAGGCGUUCGGGCUGCACGUCACGGUCAUCAGCACGUCGCCGGCCAAGGAGCAGGAGGCCAGGGAGAACCUCAAGGCCGACGACUUCAUCAUCAGCACCGACGACAAGCAGAUGCAGGCUAUGGCGAGGAAGCUUGACUACGUGAUCGACACAGUCCCGGCGGCGCACUCGCUGGGACCAAUCCUGGAGCUGCUCAAGGUGGGCGGCGCACUCGCCCUUGUCGCCGCUCCGGACGGGCCCCUCGAACUCCCUUCCUUCCCGCUUAUUUUCGGGAACAAGACGAUCAGUGGGAGCAUAACGGGCGGGAUGAAUGACCAUCAGGAGAUGAUGGACCUGUGCGGGGAGCACAACAUCACCUGCGACAUCGAGAUCGUCUCCAACGACGGGAUCAACAACGCGUUAGCCAGGCUUGCGCGCAACGAUGUCCGCUACCGUUUCGUCAUCGACAUUGUGGGGGGUGACUCCAGGUUCUAGCUAGUUUUGUUGCUCUCUGUCAAGAUCGAAUGAAACGAUGGGUAUCUGUUUGAGUUCAGCACGAAGAGAGUGAUGGAUCUUGAAUUACUAGUGAGAUGUGAGAAACUGUAUGUCGUCCUCCUAUUGGCUAUGAUGUUCCUUGUAUGCAAUUUAAUUUUGCAUCAUUGAAUUUUCAUUUUGUUCCAACAAUGUAAAUUUUCUAAUAUUUGGUUAACUGUGUAGAAUAUGUGAAU